AUGAAGGACUCAAAUUCAAAGCCUUGGAUGCCUUUCACAGCAAACUGUUGCACAGUUGAAGACCAUACCGUUUUUGGAAAUUUUAGCCGGUGUCGUCCAUCUACGUCCGAAUUCUCUAAGAACAUUGCUCCAAUGCCAUCAUUUCGUCGAUUGUCCUUCUCUGAUCUUAGUCGUUCUUCUUCCGCUCGAAUCAAUGAGGAUCUUGCACAAUCAUUCGGCCCUGACUUGUUCGACUUUCAGCUUAGCGAAUUGCGGGCUAUAACACAGAAUUUCUCGAGCAAUUUCUUGCUUGGAGAGGGUGGUUUUGGGACCGUACAUAAGGGCUAUGUUGAUGAUAACUUUCGGCCAGGUUUGAAGGCUCAAGCUGUUGCUGUUAAGCUUCUUGAUAUUGAAGGGCUGCAAGGACACCGUGAAUGGCUUGCCGAAGUGAUUUUCCUUGGUCAACUGAGGCACCGAAAUUUGGUCAAAUUGAUUGGCUACUGCUGUGAAGAUGAAGAAAGGUUGCUUGUAUAUGAAUUCAUGGCUCGGGGUAGCUUAGAAAACCAUUUAUUCAAGAGGUUAUCAGUUUCAUUGCCAUGGGGCACAAGGUUGAAGAUUGCUAUAGGUGCUGCAAAAGGGCUUGCCUUCUUACAUGGCGCAGAGAAGCCUGUUAUAUAUCGUGACUUCAAAACCUCAAAUAUCUUGCUGGAUUCUGAUUUCAAUGCUAAAUUGUCAGAUUUUGGGCUUGCCAAAAUGGGGCCUGAAGGAUCAAACACCCAUGUUACCACUAGAGUGAUGGGCACAUAUGGCUAUGCUGCUCCAGAGUAUGUAAGCACAGGUCACCUAACAACCAAAAGUGACAUAUAUAGCUUUGGAGUGGUACUGUUAGAACUACUAACGGGAAGAAGGGCAAUGGAUAAAACGAGGCCAAAAACCGAGCAAAGUCUUGUAGAUUGGGCAAAACCCUACUUGACCAGCAGCCGGAGGUUGCGCUGUGUUAUCGACCCUAGACUUUCCGGGCAAUACUCGGUCAAGGGAGCAAAGGAGAUGGCUCAUUUGGCACUACAAUGUGUGAGUAUGAACCCUAGGGAUAGGCCAAAAAUGCCUGUUAUUAUUGAAACUCUUGAAAGCCUUCAAAACUUGAGGGACAUGGCUGUGACUUGUGGACAGUGGCCAGCAUCACCAAAAUCUCACAAAAUUGCAGUUUGUAAUGCUAGAGGAAAAGGAGAAAAGGGACAUGGGAUUUUCCUUACACGAUCUGCCAUUCUUGCCAGUGCUUGCCCUAAAACAAAAUAA